ACCGCCGGCAGGAUUCUGCCCCUCCAUGACAUCCAGCGGGACUGAGACUGAGACUGACUGCUGCCGCUGCUGCGCACACGGAAAGAGAAGCGAGCGUCAAAUACAUGAUCCGCCUAACCCCUCAGCCCUCCUCGAGGUCCGGGAGUGCUAGAUAAUAACGCGCUCGAGCGGAAUCCACAGGCCUACCGGACGCAGAGACGGACAUAACGGCGCUCUGGUGGCUUUAAUUGAUCGGGGUUCGUCGAGGAUGAGGCUGAUCGAGAGCACACAUGCGGACGGACAGGAGAAGCGCGAGCUGCCUCCUCCGUUCAGGAACCCGUUCGUGCACGACCUACGGUUCACGACGGCGCAGAAGCUGCAGAUCGGUUUUAUGACGGUGACGCUCUUCCCCAUCCGGCUUUUCAUAGCGGCGUUCAUGAUGCUGCUGGCCUGGCCAUUUGCCUUCAUCGCUUCGGUGGGCCGCUCCGAGACAGCGGUGGAGCCGCAGUGCUUAUGGAGAAAGCUGGUGGACGUGGUGCUGAGGACCAUCAUGCGGGUCAUGUGGUUUGCCGGCGGUUUCCAUUGGAUCAGCAUUAAGGGCAGACAGGCUCUGCCCGCAGAAGCGGCCAUCCUCACCCUCGGCCCGCACUCGUCCUACUUCGACGCCAUUCCCGUCACCAUGACCAUGGCUUCUAUCGUGAUGAAAGCGGAGAGUAAAGACAUCCCGGUGUGGGGCACUCUCAUCAAAUACAUCCGGCCCGUGUUCGUGUCGCGCUCGGAUCAGGACUCCAGACGGCAGACGGUGGAGGAGAUCAAGAGAAGAGCUCAUUCAGGAGGAGAGUGGCCGCAGAUAAUGAUCUUUCCAGAAGGGACGUGCACCAAUAGAUCCUGCCUGAUCACAUUCAAACCAGGAGCGUUCAUUCCUGCGGUUCCUGUACAGCCGGUUGUGAUCCGCUACCCAAACAAACUGGACACCAUCACGUGGACGUGGCAGGGGCCCGGAGCGUUUAAGAUCCUGUGGUUGACUCUCUGUCAGCUUCACAAUGAGUUCGAGAUCGAGUAUCUGCCCAUUUACUCGCCCUCAGAGGAGGAGAAGAAGAACCCAGCGCUCUUCGCGCACAACGUGCGCCGCUUGAUGGCAAAGGCCCUGCAGGUCCCCGUCACUGACUACUCGUUCGAGGACUGUCAGCUGGCCACGGCGCAGGCUCAGAUCCGGCUGCCCGUCGACACGGCUCUGCUGGAGUUCGCUAAGCUGCUGCGCGCUCUGGGGCUGAAGCGUGUGAACUCGGAGAAGCUCCUGCAGGAUUACGGGAAGCGCGCUCGUGAACUGCAGGAUCAGAGACUGAGUCUGGAGGACUUCGCCCGGUUCCUCGAGCUGCCCAUGUCAGACGAGCUCAGAUACACGUUCGCGCUCUUUGACGAGAACGAAGACCACUCGAUGGACGUCCGGGAGUUUGUGAUCGCCUUCUCUGUGGUGUGUCGGCCUGCAAAAACACUGGACACCAUCAGGCUGGCCUUCCAGAUGUUUGAGGCGGAGGAGGACGGUGCGAUCACAGAGAACGAGCUGGUGUGCAUCUUGAGGACGGCGCUGGGCCUCGGAGAGCUCAAGGUCAGCCGUCUGUUCAGAGCCAUCGAUGAAGAGGACUCGGGCAAAAUCACCUUCGAGAGCUUCAGGGAGUUUGUGGAUCAGCAUCCAGACUUCGCCGAGCAGUAUCUCUACUCAGACAACGCAGGGUUCGGCAGCAGCUCCCCGUCCCACGCCGCCAACGGCUUCUGCGUCGACUUCAGCCCGAGAGAGCAGAAGAAACUCGACUGAGCCUCGCUGCAAUCAACGUUUACUUCCUGCUGUCCGUGACAUCUCAUUGGUUCCUUUACGCUUGCUGGUUUUCUCUUCCUCUCAGCAUCAUUUUAAAAGCAAAUUUAAGGGAAUUUGUUUCGGGGUUUUUUUGUAAAACAAAUACUUGAAAGCCAAGCACUUAUUUUGUUUCUCGUGGGGUGAUUUAUUUGUGUGACUGACCAACUGUGCAUGUUUUUGAAAUACGGGAUGAAAAUGAUGCAAGUGAGCUAAAAGUCCAAGCUGUUUCUCGCGCUCUCAUGCAGUCCCUCGCCGUCCACGUCUUUUGUUUUCCGUCUUUCACGACUGUAGAUGCCUUUAUGAAUUCAUAAGUGAGUAUUUGCAUGGGCUCGAUGCUUGAUAACAGUAUUACUCAGUAUUUGAUCUGAUCGUUGAGCGCCAGUGACAGGUAUCUGAACUCUGUCUCCUCCUGCUGGACAGACGUGAGCAUCAGAUUUGAGGUGCAAAAUACGACUGGAUUAAGUGCUGGUCUGAAUCAGUAUGAGCCAGUUUUUAUUAUAUCUCCUGAUUCCUUAAUAUUUCGUCCCUUCGCUCAGGGGAAAGCGGCUAUCAGCUUUUGUUUUGGGUGUGUGUGUGCACGCGUUUCAUUUAUUUUCUCAUCCUUUUGUACAGUCAGUUGCACAUUUAUGAAUUCUCGAUGUCCAGUAAUCAAUUCAUGAUCACAUCGCAAUCAGCUGGGUUUUUUAUUUUUGGGUGGGGGGGGGGGGCAAUUUACAUUAUUUUUUACAUUUUUAUUUUGAUUUACUUCAGGUACUGAAAUAAACUGCUAAAAUGUUGCAUUAAUAUGGACCAAAUACAGAAUAAUGACUGUGGUGUAGUUAGAGAAUCAGGAAUCUGAACAAUGUUAUUCAUUAGAUAUAGUCGAUAAUAGAGCGUUUACCUUUUUGAUAAACAUAUUGCUGUAUUUUUCUAUUUUUCACUCACAAGAGGAAAGUGAAAAAUUGACUUUAAGUCCAAUAAUGUGGCCGAUAAAAGUGGCUCGUUCUAAAAUGAUAGUAAAUUUUUAUCUGCGUUUUACAUCAAGUAAAGUCUUCCUUCCUUCAUUUGGUCUUCGGUUUCUUCACACGAACUGAUGUCACACUGAAUCCCUCAUGAAUGAUGUUUUGUGGUAAAUGGACAAUUUGUUUUCAUACAUUCUGCUUUCACAAAAGCUGAGUGAAUAAAUCUACUGCCUGAUGUGAUUGAAAAAAAUCAUUGAAUUGUUUUUGGGGUUUUUUUUUCGUUUGAACCACAUGAGGCUGAAGUCGAGCGAUAUGCAGUUAUUUUCUUAAAGUUUGGUCUUAAAUUUGAUUUACCACAAAGAUUGUCAGUUUAUUUUGCUAAAAGAUACUGUUAUUAUUCAUAACUUUUUGUACGAUUUUUUUUAUGGUUGAUGAGCUAAUGUGAAGAUGCAGGUUUGAUCUCCUGAGGGUCGAUCAGUUUAGUCUCCACAGCGUUUCACUGACACCUCAGACGUCUGCGCUUUAUGAAAUCCGUCAGACCCUUAAAAGGACUUCACUGUCAGUUCUCAACUCACAUUUUUGGCAAAGCAAUAUUUUAUUGAUGUCACCACCUUUUUAAAAAACGAUUUCUGAUAUGUAUUUUGAAUAUUCCGAGUGCUGGGCAUUUUGUGAAUUUUGAUAUACAUAAAAGAAUUUCCUCUCACUGCCAUUGCAGAUCUGUGAUCUAAAGUGUUAUUUCCAGAUUGACCUGGUUAACUAGUAUGAUUAGCUUCUGUCUUUCUACACUUUCUGUGAUGUUUACCUCGCUGAUGGUGUUAUGUAUGUAAUUAUUACGGUUGCAGUUUUUUUUUUUUUUUUUUUCAAAACGAUACGUUCAUAAAGAUUAUUGUUGGCCUUGAAUUUCAGUGUAAUUUUAAUGAGGAAAGGAGAAUGUAUUGACAAUCCACACAAUCAGCAGUCAAAAGCGCAUCAUAUUUCAGUGACUAUAGUCUCAAACAGGAAGUGGUGAGUAGCAGAUCUGGAGCCUGACUUACAGAGUCUCUGUUCUCAUGACGGCUACGGUCUCCAGCUCAUCUCAGUCCAGUUCUCUUGGUCUUUCUCCCCUGUUUUCUAAAGUUGAUGAGUAUUUACUUGUGCUGGCACUUUAGAUUUUGAAGCUUUCUUUCCAUGAAUCCUCUGACAAAUGUGAUGGUUUGCUGGUGUUCAUGUGAAUGGUUACAUGUUACAGUGCUCAGUUACUGUGUUACCGUGAACUGUUACUGUGUUACAACGAUCGGUUACUGUGUUACAUGUUUCAGUGAUCGGUUUAUGUGUUACAGUGAUCAGUUACUGUGUUACAUGUUACAGUGAUAGGUUAACAUGUUACAGUUAAUUGUUACUGUGUUACAGUUGAUUGGUUACUGUGUUACAGUAAUCAGUUACCCGUGUUACAGUGAUCG